GCUACUCGUGUUGAGCCAUUUCUCAGGAGCGAGUCCUUUGCACUGCACACCAGAAAAGGAGGAAACUGCAGCUUUGACUUAAAAAACGCUUCCUAUUGGUUAUCUACUUUGCAUUUGGACACUUGUAGACCAGAUUCUUUUCUCUGUGCUUCAUUUAAAGGGCGGACAAGCCUCUGGACUCAAAGGGACACCAAGACUCACCUAAACAAAAGUGGUGGAUAAUCCUGCCGGCAAGUGCUCCUUCUAACAUUACAAAAAAAUACCUCUUAUGACCACUACACUCGUCAGGCGAGAACAAAAGCAAGCUCCAAUUUCUGCUCUGUGAAAUUGAAUCAGAGGAACGGAGAGGAAAUACAGCAGAGGCAUUGUGUCCCCUGCAGUUGAAACAGAAACCAGCUGAAAAUAUCAAAAAACCAUCCUGGACAGAGCUUCCCUCUGUAGCCUCCUAUGUUGGUCUUAAUUGAGCUUUUGAAGUAAAAAGUAAAUCAUAAGCCGCACCACACUCAGAGGAGAGGGGAAGCAGAGGGGAUCACACACCCAGGGCAAAAGGAUUGCGUGCAGGUGCCGGGUGCUGCCAUGGUUCGAGGACGUGGCGUGGCAGUUGCCCCGUCCUACUGGGGCCUGUGGACGUUAGGCGCCCUGUCACUGGUGGCGCUGUGCUUGUCGGACACGGCCAUCCGCUGCCCGAUGUGUUCUGAUGAGAGGUUGGCUGCGUGUCGUCUGCUGGAGGGCUGCGAGGAGACGGUGCGGGAGCCCGGCUGCGGCUGCUGUCCUACCUGCGCCUUGCCCAAAGGCGCUCACUGCGGCGUCUACUCUCCCCGGUGUGGAACGGGCCUCCGCUGCUACCCGCCGCGUGGCGUGGAGAGGCCACUUCACUCAUUAAUGCAUGGCCAGGGGGUGUGCACAGAUGAGAGGGAGGUGGAGGAGAACUCAGCGAUGGAAAGGCAGGAUGAGAUCAUCCCAGAGCAUCCGAACAACAGCAAUAUCCGGUGCAGUCCACAGGACAAGCGCUGCAUACAGAAGACCCUUGCACGCCACCCUCCAAAAUCCACAAAUCAGAGAAGCAACACUGCCAGGGAGGAGACCAAGGCAGCGCUGGCUCCCUGUCGUGCUGAGCUGCAGAGAGCUUUGGACAGACUGGCAUCAAACAGCCGCACACAUGACGAUCUCUUCACAAUCCCCAUACCCAACUGUGACAAGAAUGGAGAUUUCCACGCUAAACAGUGUCAUCCUGCACGUGACGGCCAGCGGGGAAAGUGCUGGUGUGUGGACCAGAAGACGGGCUUGAGGUUGCCGGGUCCGCUGGAGCUGCGAGGGGAACUGGACUGCCACCAACUAAUGACUGCGACACUGAGGGAUUGAGGAGCUAGGAGUGGCAGAGGGAGUGCAGGACCAGCGUAACUCUACUGGUGCUUAUUAGCAGAACUACAUGUGGAAAAGACUUCGCUCUAAAGCCUCGCUUCACCAGAGGCCCAAUGGUACUAGAGCUUGCGCAACAAAAAGGAAACCAUUGAUAUGAGUUCUUUUGCUAAUUUCUUUCUGUGUGUGAGAGUAUGUGAUCUCUGAGUCUUUUGAGCACUUGUGUAUUGUUUCAAUUAUAUGAACUUAAGACCUGCGCUUCAAAGUAACAGGUGGCAGACGAAGAACUUCUACAGUUGUGGUUGUGAUCUUUUUUUGGAGCGCAAAUGUUUUGUUUUCUCUUAUAUUCAAUGAAUAAUUGUUUAAAAGUGAAAAAAAAAAAAAAAAAAAAAAAAAAAAAGGAUCAUUCCCACCAGAUAAUCAGACCUGAGAUACAACUCAGCUGUAAACAUUUGUUUUAGUUGUUUCUGGAGCACUAUAGAUCAUUUAGUAAUGACAGCAGGACAAUCCAGACUGAUUAAUCAUUAAAGGGUUGUGUACUAGUUUUUCACACAAUGUGUGUAAUUGGUGGUUAUGUGUGGCUCUUAUCGUACUGGCCUAUAUGUAUAAACCCCACCUAUGUUGUAAGUACGUUUAAACAAACCAUAAAAUAUGUAUGCCAACACAGAGAAAAGUGAACAUUUUUUUUAAAAGAUGGGACGAUCAGAAGAUAAAACUAAAGAAUCUGAGGUGACAAAAGAAAUCAAGUAACCAAAUGACAAGCCAUAGCUUUUCACAACAUUUCACAACAAUUAGUGAGACAAUGGGAAAGAUUUAAGAAACCCUAGAAUAGAUUUGCUUCAUCACCCAGUGGUGUUCUCUCUCUCUCUCUCUCUCUCUCUCUCUCUCUCUCGCGUUGUGGACUGGCAGCAUGGAUGGGCUAGAACCUCUGUACACUGCUGAUAGGAUAAUCUUAUUUCUCCAGCUGGUGCUAAGAUGCCAGUGUGGCUCUUGUGUUUGUGUGAAUAUGAUUCUAUCCUACAGGAUUUCUCUCCACACCGACUGUUUCACAAAACUUUAGUGGUGCUAUAUAAUCAUUGUGCCAAAAAAUUUGUAACAACAAGAUGGCAUCUGCACUUUUUUUGGGCAUUGUUUAGGAUAAGAAUAAGAACAUGAGAUUUUUCAAGCAAACAGAGAUAAGCUGUUAUAGUAUUAAGUGUGAGGAUAAGCUAAAUGCAUGACCAUCUCCAAAGCUAUUGACAACCGCUUUUCAUGUUUGUUUUCAGUUGUAUUGUUUAAAUAUCAGAGAAACAUCCCACUUUAGCUCUGCAACAUCACUUGCAUCUAAUCGACAAAAUGUUCUGCUAACUGGUGGUGAAAAUGGCAGCCUUGAUGUGUUUUAAUACAGAGGUCAGGUUCACAGUUAUAUAUUAUAUUUUAAUGAUGAUAGCAUGGUGAUUGUGUGGAAGCAAGCCUCUCCUCUGUUAAUGCCAGUUCUCAUUUUAUCAUCUGUAGGCCAUCAAGCUCAUAAUCAAAGGCGUGUAUUACCAGGCCAAUGUAACAUAGCCAUCCAUCAAAUAUUUAAAAUAUACUGUAGGGGAGGCUAAGGUUAUUCUCAUAGUCAUUUUAGUGUACUCUGAUGUGACUGACUAGACUUAUUUGGUUUGUUCAUUAGAGAAGAGGGACACAGAACGUGACAAGUUUGGACAGAAAGUCAGGUCAUGUAUCAACGGGAGUCUUGAUAGUAUUAUCUUACUUUAUCAUAGUGGGGCCAAAACGACAGAAAUUCACUAAUUUGAGUUAAAUGUCAAUGAAGCUUAAUUUAUGAGUAUUUGAGCACAAUAAAAGGGGUGUUAUUCUGCUUCCAUAGAAAUAAAGAAGUGCCAUAAAAACAAACAUUCUGCUUUUUUUUGCACAAUUUUCCAUACUGAAUUUGGUAGAUUUAAAAAAAAAAAAAAAAAAAUACAUUUAUGAAAAAUGCACAUUAAUUUAUAAAGAGUCUGAGGAGUUCAGACUCGUUAUAAACAUCGAGUAGCCUUUUAGUUUUUAAACAGUGAAGCUAAUGCAAAAGCCUUACGUCUAAAUUCUUUCUAGUGGUCAACAUCGGCCAGUGAAACGCUCGCAAAAACAAGUCUGAUUGUAAGUCUACCAUGAAAUUAAGUCACUUCUCUUUUACAUGAAUCCCAUAGUGAACAUUUAUCUAAGUAGUUUAUGGUGCAAAAUAUUAGUUUGAUUACUACUAAAAUACAACAUUAUGUUUACUUGUGUAAAUAAUGUUCCUAUUUAGGGUAAAUAGAAAGUCAUAUCUGCAUUCCAUUUAAAUAUGGUGACUUAUAGCAAAAAAAUAAAAAGCAGUAAAAUGACGAUGCUCUCAACCCAGCUAGGAAAGGAAAGAUGGUUGCUUACUUCCAACAUGAAUCUGUCAUGAAUCUAACAAAAGGGUGUGAGGCUGGCAUUCUGGAGAUUAAAAUAAUAUUUCUUCUAAUUUUACACCUUCAAACUUACAUUAUGUUUUUAGUGCACUUUGUUAUUUUCUAAUGUUACAAAAUGUACUUAUGAGCUUCAAUUAAAUUAAAAAAAUGAGGUUUACACACAAAAUGACUGGCCUAGUUAUUUGGCAAAGGAUAUAACUGAAUCGAUGAAGCCAGUUGUCACUUGAUAAACUCUGGAAACUUUAUAAUCUUGUGGCUUCUUCUUAUUGUAAGUAAAGAAGGACAUGAAUCCAAAGUGGUUUGACUGAAGGAUAGAGAGAAGAUGGCACGGGUUGAGACUCAAUGCUUAGAGCUAAGAAGCCAAAAGUCCUAAAAACAGAUCCAAAGACUACACCAACAAAGUACUCACUAAAAACCAAUUCCAGCAGAAUCUCAAUCAUUUAACAAUGACACGUGACUACAUUUCUCUGUUCAAUAAUCAGACUUUUUGAAAGAGGUGUUGAAGAGUUUUGGCUUUGAUUUUUUCAAGGCCUUGUAACUAGAUAAACUGUGUAUCAAAGGCGUAGUGCUUGAUCUCUAACUUUGCCGUUCUUAAUGGUCAUUGCAUUUCUAACGAUGAGAAAGACUGUUCCUUUUGCUUUUGAUAUUAUAUACUAAUGUGUAGAAGAUACUAGGUAAUUUUUUUUGCAUGCAUACAAAUGGACUAGGGCUGGAGAAAAUAACUUAAGGUCUUGUGUAUCUGUCCAGGACAGGACCGUUAUAUUCAAAAACUGAAGUGAUCAAAUAACUGAAAUAUAGAACUUCAACCGUUUAAAUGAUCAGUUACAUUGUAAUUGUUUUCCCUUAUAAAAAUGUACACAUUUCAAUAGAACAAUAAAAACACUUUACAAACUGUAA